AUUAGUUUUUUUGUGUCUGUGUGUGAAGAUCAUCAGUUUUUUUUAUCGAUAUUAAUUUUUGCAACAUAAUGGGCAAGAAAAAGAAAAAUCAAGAUUUCCGGAAAAUAAAAUUAAGAGCCGGAAAAAAAUUACCAAAACAUCUUAAUGAAGCAAGACCAGAAAUCAAAGCAAAAAAAAUUAAAAUUAAUUCUACAAUCGAAUCUAUUGAUCCGAUAAAAUUAUUAUCAAAUUCUUCGAUUAAUACUAAACUGAAAUUAAUUUAUCUGAUUAAAUUUGUCAAGAAAAUUUCACAAGAUGAUAGCCAAUCAUGUGAUGGUGACCAAAUACAAAUUAUUUGUAAAUAUCUUACCGAUAAUGAUCAUCGUGUUCGUUGUGAAGUGUUGAAAGCAUUGCGUAUUUAUUUUAAAAAAAUCAAUGCUUCUACCAAAUCCGAUAACCGAUCGCAAUUUUCACCAACAUUAAUGAUGAUUAUGAAAUUUGUCAGCUGUGGUAUCACUCAUAUUGAUCAAAAUAUUCGUAAUGAUUCGGAAAAAUUAUUAUCUUACCUCAUUGAUCAACAUGAUCCAUCCAUGACACAACAUUUGAUGCAAUUGUUCAUGACAAAAAUAACUUCAUCUACGUUCAAAUCAUUGGAUUCUAAAUUUUAUCCACUUUUGAAAAGAUUUAUCAUCAAAAUCAAUGAACAAAUUCCUGCUUCAAUAUCGAACAAUUUCGAACAAGUGUCAAUCAAACCAAAAGAAUUCAUCUGGAAUGGUGAUAAUGGUCAUUUGAAUAUUUUGCAUUUAAAUGAUAGACCAUCGUUAAAUGAACGAUUUUCAAACAUUUCAAGUUUUAAUUUAACGUUUCAGAAUAUAACCCAAAAUAAUAUUGAUAAACUAUUUUUUCAAACUGUAAAAGAAAUGGUCAUCAAAGAUGUUAAAUCAUUGAUUGGAAAAGGAAUGCAACGAACGUUAUCGUUUACCGAUAGCACUAAAGCUAUUACUGCCAUUGAAUUGACACAUCGAUUUAAAUGUCAUAAUGAAUUGUUCGAAUUUUGGAACAAUCCAGCUAAAAUUCCACAUAUUACAGUUAUGCAUGACAAUGAACAUGCUAACCAAAAACAAAAUGCUAAACAAAAUCGACAAAUACAUAAUUCACAAACAUAUAUUAAUCGUUUAUUGGAAAAUUUUAGAGUUCAAUUUUUAAAAAUUACAAAUAAUUUGUAAUACGAUUGUGAUAAUAAUAAUAA